AGGUAGGACCGAAAAGCCUUCUGUCAAGAUGGCUGCCGCCGUGUCCGUUGGAGGCUCCUGGGGAUCCAAAGAGGAGGACAGCGACGACGAGGAGGUGUUCGUGAAGGAGGACGAGAGGGAGAGGCGGCUGGACCCGCACGAGAUCCGGAGCCGGGUGGAGCGGAUGAAGAGGGAGGUGAAGAACCGCAGGAAGGUCCUCAUCAAGGGGCUCCCGGGAGACGUCACCAACCAGGAGGUGAACGCUCUGCUGGGGGACUACGAGCUGAAGUACUGCUUCGUGGAUAAAUACAAGGGGACCGCCUUUGUGACUCUACUGAAUGGGGACCAGGCAGAAUGUGCCAUCCGCCGCUUCCACCGCACCCGCCUCCGAGACCGUGAGAUUUCUGUCCAGCUGCAGCCUACGGAUGCCCUGCUCUGCAUUGCCAACCUGCCAUCGGGCUACACCCAGCAGCAGUUUGAGGACCUGGUCCGCCCGUUUGGUAAUCUGGAGCGGUGCUUCUUGGUAUACAGCGGGGUGACCGGACAGCCCAAGGGCUAUGGGUUUGUGGAGUAUAUGAAGAAGGACUCUGCCUCUCGAGCCAAGUCUGACCUGCUGGGCCGACAGCUGGGCUCCCGCACGCUGUAUGUCCACUGGUCGGAUGUCUGCCAGCUCACCUAUGACCUGCUGCACUCCCGCUGCCUGUGUGUGGACCACCUGCAGGAGUGCGACCCCAGCCAGCUGAAGGAGGCCUUCUCCAAAGUCUGCGCACCUUCCUUCUGUCAGCUGGCUUAUGGACAGGACGGUCAGUUUAAAGGCUUUGCGGUAGUUGAAUACGCCUCUGAUAUGGUGGCUGAAGUGGUCCAGCAGCAGAUGGAUAACUCCACGGUGGCUGGAGGACGCGUCCGGGUCUCCUUCUGCGCUCCGGGACCUACAGGAAGGAGCAUGCUGGCGGCAUUGAUCGCAGCACAAGCAACGGCAUUAAAUCGUGGGAACGGCCUUCUACCCGAACCCAACAUCCUGCAUCUUCUGAACAGCCUGGGCUCUUCAGCUACACUGCAGCUGCUGCUCAAUCCUCUGCUGAACGGAGGGAACAAACAAGGACUCCUUGGUGCAGCCCCUGCCAUGUCCCUUCUCACUAACCCUACCCUGUCUACCGCCCUCCUGCAGCUGGCACUGCAGGCACAGAAUGCCACACAGAAACCUCGUAUUCUGGGGGACUCUCCUCUCGCUGCUUUGUACGGGGCUUUGGGUCUGUCUCCUCAGAUCACACCCCCACCAGGGAAGACACUGCUUCCGGAGCUUGGUUUAGGCAUCCCUUCUGACUUGGGUACUCCUGCCCUGCAACAGUUUCUUGGACCACAGGCACCUGAAUGGGACAGUCCCCCUCCCACUCCUGUUUUGGGCUCCAUGCUUGGUGGGCUGUCAAAGACUUCAGAGUCAGGGAUUUCCCUCCUAGGAGAACCCCCCAGGGACCUGAACAUUCAUUCCGGUCCUUACAUGAACUUCCACAGCAGGAUCCCCAGCACAGGCUCAGUGUGUGCAUCUAAUAAGCAGGUGUCUUACAAGCAGAAGGGAAGCCGUGUCCCUCUUGCGUCUCUACAGGAGUCCAUGCUGGCCCCUACAGAAGGCUAUCCCUAUGACCUACAGGCUGAGCUGCACCCUCGGUCCUUCUCGCAAAGCAGAGACCAUAUUGUGCCAAGCCUGAGUGCCUAUGAGCCAAGGAAUAAGAUCUCCCCGCCCUCCAGAUUUCGGGAGAGGAGCAGCAGCAUGCCAGCCCCUCUACCACCAUUCACUGGGGGAUCACCUACCUCUUACUUCACCAGCGGCUUGCAGGCUGGACUCCAGCAGACGCACAUGAAUAAAGCGCUCAGUAGGCGUCCCAGCAGUCCUGGGGGAGUCCCAUUAGAUUAUGAGGAUCGGAGUCUACCAUCGGGAAACUCUUGCAAGACCCCCAUAGGAGCACAGAAACGUGGCUUUUCGCACUUGAUCCCAUCCCCUGAGCCUAGCCCCGAGGGAGGCUACGUCGGACAGCACUCUCAAGGCCUGGGCGGCCACUAUGCAGACUCUUACAUGAAGCGCAAGAGGAUAUUCUAGCCGCUGCCCGUCACUGACAGCACCAAAGUGCCUGCCGCUCUGUCAGUUACAUUAGAUUUAAGGCUCUUAUCAUUGUGUCGUGUGGAUUAACCCCUAAGAUGCCAAUGCUGCCUGCCACUGGUGCUUGGGAGUUGAGCCUGGAAAUGUUUCCUGCGCAUAUGGAGGGGGGAGGCUCCUCCCUGCGCCUGGUUUAUAUAUUUUUAAAGUUUGCAUUUUUAUUUAAGGUUUUACGUGUAAUGUAAUUCAUUUGCUCUGGUUAUUUAAUGCGUCUGUUUUUAAUUGUGCUGCCUCUUAAUUUGUUUUAACUUCUUCCUCUGCUCAGCUUUCUGUUCCUUCCUCUGCGUCUUGUCAUUUUUGUCUUUGUGCAGGUGUUAAUCUUGCUUUUCUGAGCCAACCAAGUGUGCCCCUCAUGUGGUACCCGCACCAGUCUGCUGGGGUUGUCCCAGAGUCCACGUGGAUAGGAUAUACUUGUAACUACUGUGGACACUUACACCGCCUUGUACCGCUCCACCUCUCAGAAGCCAGAUGGUGAUUGGCGAGGUCACAAAUUUUAAGCAUUAUUGAAAAUUCCAAGUAAAUGGAAGCUUUUUUUUUUUGAGGUGUCUGCUAUCAAGUUGCUAAUAAAGUUGGAUGAUGCCGUUACGGUACAAGUAAAUGGCUUUCCCCAAGUCUUGAAUGACGGACUUGCAGGAAUCCUUCCCAUCUGUCUCCGGGGAUAUCUGGGCGACGGCAGCAGGUGGUGUCGGUGUGGUUGCCACAUUUCCUGGAACUGACAACUUGAUGCGAAAAGAUUGACUCAAGGACUUGUAUUUUAAUGGUGGUUCUUGGUGCCCUUGCAGGAAAGGUCUGGUAAAGCUUGAUGGGCAUAUGUUAAAGGGGUUAUCCCCAUUUGGCACGUAAUCCCAGCCUGCGGUGCAUGCAUCAGUCUGAAUCUGACUGUGGCGAGAGGUUUCCCAAUGUAUGGCGUGAUCGUGGCACAACUCGAAUAAUCCCUCUAAAUCAUGCUGACCUUUAUUAUAUCAAGUGGUGGAGGGUUUGGAAACUGUCUCUAAUAGUAAAGGGUUCAAUUUGCUGAGUCCUAUUACACUUCCAAUUUUAAUUCAUAAAAUGUAAUUUAAAUUUUUUAAUGUAUGUUGUAAGAGCGACCUUUUUGUCGCCUGGACCUCCGGCUGCGUGUCAUCUAUAUGGUCUCCCUCAGUGUGGACCCCAUGUAUAAAAAGCAGCAGCAGCCUUCUUAUACGUGACCUCCAUAGCUCCAGAUCUGCUUCACGGGACCGUUGCAGGGAUCCUCUUUUUGAUUGGCCGCACAUGUGACUUUGUUUCUGUGUUUUCUGAUUUCUGUUUCAAUUGCUGGAAGUAAAAAAUCUAUUUAUAACAAAUGAUUGGUUUUAUAUUCCUUCACCUUGGUCUGACUAUGUAAGUCUGCUAUAUUCUCACUUUUUGUACAGUAAAAAUCUUUUUAUGCACUACGUUGGUAAAAAUCUAUCCUGUUCCUUAAUUUAUAUUAAGAAAAUGACAAAUAUAAAGACUUUUUCAGUAAUUAAAGUCCCUGAGUCUCCCUGUCAUGGUGUAAGGUGUGCCCUUCAGUCCUUUCUUAAUCUGUUUCCACUGGGUGACCACCAAUACGGGUGCCAUUAGAAGUUGCACUAGGUGGUGGUGGUUUUUAUUUUUUCAGAACAAAUUACUGAGUUGACCCUUUUCUGACACAUCAAUGCUUCUUACACUAUUACAAAGUGAUCGGGCUCUAGGGUCAUUGGCAACAUUGGUGCCUCCACAGGGGGUGGGUCUCAAUAUGUGAACUGCUGGCUCUAAGGGUAAGUUCACACUUUUUUAUUUUUUUUUUUAUUUGUUUUUCUGCCAAAGCCAGAAGUGGAUCCAGCAGGAGCAAGAAGUAGAAGUUCUUCCUUUUAGAUUUCUGAUUCCUUUUUUUAAAUCCACAUCUGGCUUUGGUUGGAAAACCUGCCUCUAAACCGCCUCCAAAAUACUGUGAACCUACCGUAGGAACGUCUUGCAGUCACAAGCUUUAAAUCCACCUUCCCACCCACAAAGAUGACAUCACAAUUUUCUGAGUGUUUCACGAGUUCUUCUGUUUAGCGUCUUCCUACUGUCUAAUCUGAGCAGCUUUGGAGGAGCCUUUUGUGGGCAUCUUCAAGACUAUUUUCCAUUUAUCAGUGUGGUGUAUAUGGACCAUUAACACUGUCCUGUAUAUGACUGUUUAUCUGCUGGAACUUUUUGAAUGGGUU